AAUUAACUUUAAUUUAUAUUUAUGAUCAAAUAUAAUAUUGAUUCUUUCAAAAGGUCUAAAUAAAAUAUUAUAUGUCAAGCCAAAUUUACGUGGCAAACAUAUUAUCCACGUGUUGAUUCAUCUUGAAAAUUCAGCUCCAUGAACAACCCCCACUGUAACUAUAAUAAAACUGUUUAUACCCUCUCUCCCAUUUUCACGACCAACAACCAUGUCCACUUUGUUACGUAAGGUAUGGGACUCACUAUCAACACGUUCCAUUUCUUCGAGCUCGAACUCAAUUUCAAGUGUCGAUCAGAUGACGAUGUAUGUACAAACAGCUUCAACGGGAGAAUUUGAUCGAAUACCUUUGGAUAUUUUCAUUCAAAUUUUGAAGAUUUUAGGGCCAAAAGAGUCUGCGAAGAUGAGCUUAGUGUGUAAAUCGUGGAAGUUCAUUGUUUGUGAUAAUCGACUAUGGAUUUAUUUUCUUCAGAAUCAAAAUGAGCCUUGGGAUUCUACUUUCUUUGCUGAAACUCAUUUGAGAUCUGGUCCUCUUCGGAUGCUUUCAAAUUCAGUAUCGGACUUAUCGUUCAUGAGUAUUUUUGGUCAACGCGCUCAAGUACCCGGUGCUAUUAUUAUUGAUGGUGGGUCGGGCUAUUGCAAAUUUGGUUGGAGUAAGUAUAGUGCUCCAUCAGGGAGAUCAGCGACAUUCUUUGAGUUUGGUAACAUUGAAUCUCCAAUGUAUUCUAGAUUGAGACAUUUCUUUUCAACAAUAUACACCAGGAUGCAGGUGAAAAGUUCAACACAGCCAAUUAUUGUGUCCAUUCCGAUUUGCCAUUAUGACGAUACCGAAUCUGAUAAAGCAGCUAGAGCACAGUUAAAAGACGCGAUCCAUUCUGCAUUAUUUGACAUGAAUGUUCCUGCUGUUUGUGCUGUCAACCAGGCCGUUUUAGCUUUAUUUGCUGCAAAGAAAGUUUCAGGAAUAGUAGUCAAUAUUGGAUUUCACCAGACAUCCAUUGUUCCAAUUCUUCAUGGUAAAGUCAUGCACCAAGUGGGUGUGGAAGUUGUGGGAAUUGGAGCAUUGAAGCUUACAGGAUUUCUUAAGGAGCAAAUGCAACAAAAGAAUACUUAUUUUGGGUCACUUUACACUGUGCGGGCAUUGAAAGAGAAUCUUUGUUAUGUUGCGCUCGAUUAUAAGGCUGAGCUAUCCAAAGACACCAAAUCAACGUUUCAAAUCGCUUCUGAAGGUUGCUUUACACUUUCAGAAGAGCGCUUCAAAACAGGAGAGAUUUUGUUCCAGCCGUGCAUUGCAGGAAUGCGUGCUAUGGGUUUGCAGAAUGCCGUGGCGCUGUGCAUAGAGCACUGCCACGAUGUUGAAUUAAUGGUUGAUGAUAGUUGGUACAAAACAAUAGUUUUAGCAGGAGGAAGUGCAUGUUUGCCUGGAUUAGCAGAAAGACUAGAGAAGGAAUUAUAUGAACUACUUCCCUCAUGCAUGAGCAAUGGAAUUAGAGUACUUCCUCCCCCUUAUGGCGUAGAUUCUGCUUGGUUUGGGGCUAAGUUGAUUGGCAAUUUAAGCUCCUUCCCCACUUCCUGGUGUGUUAUGAGAAAGCAAUUUCGUCAUAGUUCAAGACGCAAAUUUAUGUGGUGAUUAAUAUGGCAGCAGCAAAGCCAACACGACAAGUGUUAUUGCAAAAGAUCAACAAUUUUGAUGUGCCUCAUGGUUGAAGAUCAACUAUUGUAUUGUUGAUUAUAACAUUGUUAAAGAUAAAAAUAUGUCUUAUCUGUACAUCAUGUGGAAAGGCUGAUGUUAUGCCGUUCAGUUGUGUGGGACUGCUAAGCAUAUAACGUACAAAAUAUUAGAUUAUUGAUGUAGUUUCAAAUGGAGUGAAUAUAACUUAAGACAUAUAUACGAUAAUAAAGGAGCACCUUUUUCUGGUUA